AUGGAAAAUCCAGGAUUUGGAAAUGUGAAAGAGUCAGGAGAGGAAAGAGGUCAAUUAGCAGGAAGAGGAGGAGGAGGAGGAGGAGGAGGAGUGGUACCUCGAGCACAACAACUCCAGGGUUCCUCAGCAGCAGCAGUAACACAACAGAUCAUCGGGUCAUCAUCAUCAUCACUAUCUUUAAUAAAACCAUCAACAACAGCAACUACAAUUCAAAAGCAAGUAGCAGAAGGAGGAGGAGGUGGAACUCGAGGUGCGGUAAGGGUACGUCAACGCCCUCAUAUACCACCAAAACCGCAGAUGGACACCGUCAGAUACAGCAUGGCGAAUGUACAAGAAAGCUGUGAUUGGGAAUUAGACACAUUAUUGGGUGAGCUAUCAGCUCUCGAGCAACAGCUUACUGUUAGCGGUGAUCAAGCGCUUCUUGGUCUACCAACUCUUCCAAUGUCUGCUUCACGUGAAAGCAGUCUAAAUCAAAGUAAAAGAAAUAGCACUCUUUCCGCUUCAGUUAUACAACACAAUGACGUGAAAAGGACUGGCCUUCAGUCUCAUGCGCAACAUUCGUACUCCUAUCACGAUAAUUUCAUACAAGGAUCAGGUACUACUGGUGGUGCUACAAUGUCGACAGAUUGUCCAAGUCCUGAUCGUGAUUCUGCUUUUGGUGAUUCUUCCAGUACAGAGUCUCGAAACAACAAUCGAAAUUGUAGAAAUUCGGCUAUAUCAUGUUCCGAUAGCUGUCGAGGCUCACUCAAUACGCCAAGUCCAACUCAACAGGAUAUUUGA